AUGUCUGUUGCGAAUUAUAAGAAACCAAAACUAUCAAAUCCAUACAGUCCAAUAUACUCACCAAUAUCAAUCCAUAGUGUAAAAAAAUUUGAUAUUGAUAAAAACGCACGUAGUGUAUCCUUUUAUAACCCAAAGAGACGUAUAAAUAAUUCCUAUGUUAUGAACAGGUCGUUGACUGUCUCUGACUUAGAACAUUCACUUCCGCCUAACGAAAAUGUCUCCUCCAGUCAAUCAUCUCCUGAUACUUCCAGUUCAACAAGCGUAUUUAAUAUUGUCCAAUCUGCAGGCAAAACAUUGUUUAAUAGUAGACCACAUACUAGCAGCAAUAAGUUGAAAAGAUAUAGUGAAAAAGGGUAUCUAUUCAUUACAAACAAACAAAGAAAACUAGAUUUAGAGAAUAGAAAGGAAUCUCAUGCUAAUCCCGCUCCUAAUGUAACUUCAAAAAAGGUUGAAUCAUUAACCUUUUCGAAAGAUCCCUUUGGUUGGGAUAAAUGGAAGACUACCGAGUUUGGUAAAGGUUCAAAUGCUGCUUCUCAAUCUAAUAAUUAUGGAACUACUUUUAUUAGAAGAGAUAAAUUAUUUAAUAGAUCCACUAAUAACCUGGGCAACGAUAUAGAAUUAAUCAAAAGAGGUUAUUCAAGAGAAGUUUCAUAUUUAAGACAGAUAUUUAAUGGUGAGUAUCAAAUUCCUAAGAUUAUUGCAGACGAAAGAGAAAAUCAAUUGAGGCUAAUUGAUGAAGACAAGAAACUAUCACAAGAAUGGCUAGAAAAUGAACUGAAAAAACGAAAGAGCUUUGAUACAAAAAAUGAACAUUCUUUCAAAAAAUCUAUUAUUGAUUUAACUGAAAGGAUUAAACAUGUCCUUUUAAAUCAUCAACCAUCGAACAAAAUAGACAAAGUUAAAGUAAAUAAUGAAGAUAAUUCUGAUGAUUUAAUAUUCAUAAAAGAAAGAAAAUAUAAACAAGCAUCCUUACAAAGAAAACGUGAAAAAUACUUAGAAGAAAGUGAACGUUUCAGGAAAGAGUUACUACGUCUACAAAAUGAAUUUAAAAAUUAUAAACAAUUACUCGAAGAAAGAAAACAAAUCCAAAAUAAAAUUAAAAAGCAACGAGAAGAAGAAGCAAAGAAACAAAGAGAACAACAAGUUUUAAUACCAAAUAUAUCUGACAAAGAUUUGUCUUCCGUUAAAUCAACUCUACAGAGGCAUGACAACGCUAUCUUAUUUAGUAAAGAUAACAUAGAAGUGACCAUCCGUGAUUUUAAGACGUUAGCUCCGAGAAGAUGGUUAAAUGAUACAAUUAUUGAAUUUUUCAUGAAAUAUAUAGAACGGAAUGUUCCACAGACGGUUGCUUUUAAUUCAUUUUUUUAUAGUAAUCUAUCACAAAGAGGAUAUCAAGGUGUUAGAAGGUGGAUGAAGAGGAAGAAAGUUGAAAUAAAAAAUUUGAAGAAGAUUUUUGUUCCAAUAAAUUUAAAUGAAUCGCAUUGGGCGUUAGGUUUCAUUGAUAUUCAAAGGAAGAGAAUUAUCUACGUAGAUUCUUUGAGUCAAGGACCUAGUUCGAUAAGUUUGACAAUUUUAAAUAAGUUGAAAAGUUAUGUUAUUGAAGAGAGCAAAAAUACUAUAGGCGAAAACUUCGAACUAAUACAUGGUGACUGUCCACAACAACCAAACGGAUUCGAUUGUGGUAUAUAUGUUUGUAUGAAUGCGUUGUAUUUGAGCAAAGACUCAGAAUUAACAUUUACUAGUAAAGAUGCUGUUAAUAUGAGAAAUUAUAUUGGCCAUUUAAUAUUAAAAGGGUAG